AUGCUUAGGAGAAUACCUGCUAAGGAUCUGCUCAACAGCGUUUCAGACCUCGGAUGGGUGCUCUUUCAGCUAGUCUUUGACGAAUUGACCGUUAGAACAAGUAACUUGGGCUGUGGCGUUUCCGUACAUCUUGGGCAGGACAGAUUGGGCUAUGAAACUAAGCCUUCUGAAGAAAGGAUCCAAGUCCUGAUGAGCGCAACAGCCGACGAGUUUAGAGGCUUUGCCCUGAUGGCCAACUGGGAUUACACCACAUUCCUCUCUCACUUUAUCUCGAGUUAUCCCUCGGAAGCGGCGGCUGAGGAGGUUUUCAAGCAUACAUUUAUAUCUGAUGCCACGAUGAUGCACAAGAUAUAUCGUACAAGAGAAUUCUUCAAGGCUCACCGUGGGAAACAAGCUCUGCUCCGUAGUCAGGACGCCAAGCGCGCAGGAAUUCAGUACUACCAUUUCGAAGUUGGCAAUCCCUUCUCAGGCUCUAUGAAAGGAAUUGCUCACCACGGAGUUGACAUGGUCUAUGCAUUCGGCACUUUUCACGACGCGCUGAAAAGGGCUGAUCAAGGAAUUUCGGAAGGUUACGUUAAGCCCGACCAAGCUCAUGCAGAAGCUGGUGCUGGUGAACCUUCAAUGAUCAUCGGAGAUGCCGGCUAUCUGAAGUCCAACAUCGAUCUCAGCUAUGAGUUACAAGAUAAGUUAAUCGAAUUUGUAGCUGAGGAUUGCCAAGAGACCGACAAGCGCGCAUAUGUCGAUGACAUCGAGAUUUUCUGUAACGAUCGAUCGAUUCGCACAGAAAAUUGGUCGACUUGUGAGAAGUGGAUAUCCAAGAGGAAAAAACUUGAAAUUUUAGACAGAGAUUAUGAUUCUAUGAGAACUGCCACACGGAAACUAGUGGGGAGCGUUAUCGGCAUGGAAUUAUAG